UGCUCUGAAUGGCAAAUCCACUUGAGUUGGAAGUCAAACAUCAAGAGGUAAAGCCGAUGGGAUUCUGUUUACAAAUGGAUUCAGAUAAAGAUCCUCACUCUGCCAUCCAUUCCUUUCCUGCCAUCUCUUCUCAAGAUCUCAAAGCAUUCUUGGAUGACCCCAUUGACAAUAUCGUCAAUCUAGAAAGAUUGGCAACCUUUUUUAGGGUUGUGGAUUCGGAAUCGGAGUGGCUCCUGGAACAUGUGGAGCCAAAGUUGGUGGUGAUUGAGGCAUCUCAGACUAGAUCCCUUCAUUCCACUCCCUGACAAAGAGAAUUUCAAAUUAUAUUUAAUGGUGAAGAAAUUCUACUCAUCAUCAUCGUAAGGUUUAUGUAUUGCAAAUUACAAAGCCUGCAUGGGAGCUUAUCAGUAGAACCUGUGGGUUUGAUAAGCUUUCAGAUGAGGAGAAAUGCCUAGCCAAUGCCCUGCAAGCCAAAGCUUAUUCAUUAGAAGGACAACAAGUUAAUUUGGCAUGCUAUGUUCGCGUCAUUUCUUUUACCAAGGCAGCUCUAUCCAUCUUGAGCUCAAGUUAAACAUGUACUUUAAUUACUCCUGUCUUUUUUGGAUUCAGGCCUGUCCUUGUCCAUGUUGAAGUGUUACCUGGCAGACAUCACUUCCUGUUUUCUGCUUGUUGUUUCCCUUUCUGCUUCCAGUAUCCAGUGGUGGAAAUAUUUCUGAAGAGGUACAUAAAUCAGCACCCUCAAGUGUUGGGUCCGACUUCUGCUUGGGGCCUAGAGCUUGCACUGUCCCAGUUACCCAAGAAGUCCUUUGAACCAAUGGCACCCUGUAAUCCUAGACUAUUUGUCACCAUCACCUCUACUAGGAGGGCAGGUUAAUUAUGUGCACUGUGUGUUGAUCAACCUUUCUGUGUUUUCAUCGAGAUAAGGUUGUCCUCUAUUUCGAUAUUUUCUUUCUUUCAAAGAUCGUGUCUUUGUUUCACCUGAAUCAGGACAUUGUUUUGCUAUCAUUCAUGAAAAACCCUACAUCAGGUUUUGAAUGAGUUUUGCAUUCAUUUGAUAUUUGUAAUGCUCUUGCCUUCUUUGUGGUCCAGAAUUUGAGAAAGAGUACAUGACGGUUUGUUUGGCACUUGGAUUUGAAGCUAGGCCAACCUGCUUAUUGAAGUGGGUGGUUUCAGUAAUUCUGCCUUGCCUAUGAACUGGCUAAAAAUAAUAAUCAGAGUAGUAGCUGCUUUUUCUGCCUUCCUGAGUGGUAUAUUACUGGGCAAUGUAUGCAGGGCUGUGGUCACAACCGUUGACCUUCAUAACACACUACUGUCUGGGUGCUCAUUCCAGAACUUAUGCAACCUUUGCCUUGCCUUCUGGCGCAUCACUGCGCGUACAGCUCAGGUCGCCCUCAGCCAUAUGGCAUCUACAACAUAUGUCAUGCCGUGGGCCCGCCUCUGGAUGCGUCCCUUCCAGUCAUGACUCCUCUCAGUCUUCAACUCUGCCUUUGAUGACCCACGGAGGUGGAUCACUGUCCCAAAGCCUGUCGCCCGCUCUCUCCGCUGGUGGCUCAACCCACACAAUGUCUUGGUGGGCGUUCCCUUUGUGCCACCACAACCACAGACCUCACUGACCACUGAUGCCUCAAACAUGGGCUGGGGAGCCCAUUUCGACAACCUCUCUGUCCACAGGAGAUGGUCUCCCAAAGAACUCCAAUUCCACAUCAACGCUCUCGAGAUGUUGGUGGUACAGAAAGCACUGAAGGCCUUCAAGCCCUCCCUGCGGAACCAGGCUGUCUUCCUCCUCACGGACAACAUGACUGUGAUGUAUUACAUCAACGAGCAAGGCGGUACCAGGUCGACUACUCUUCUCAGCCUCACCCUUCAAAUUUGGAACUGGUGCAGCCGAAAAUGGAUCACCUUGCAAGCCAUACACCUCCCUGGAGAGGAGAACGAGCUUGCAGACAACUGAAUCUUCAGGUUAUCCUCUGCCUAUUCUCUCUGUGGGGAAUGCCGGACGUUGACCUUUUUGCCUCUCAUCUCAACACUCAUUGUGACCACUUCUGUUCCAGGAUCCCUUCACCUCGGUUCUAAGGGGAUGCCUUCCUCUUCCAGUGGUCCGGCAAAAAGUUCUACUCCUUCCCCCCAUUUCCUCUGAUCAACAGAGUGGUAGCAGAGCUACGCACAGACAGAUCGGACACGAUCCUGAUCACCCCAUGGUGGCUGAGACAGCUGUGGCUCGCCCCCUCCUUCAUCUCUCCAAUGACUGAUUCCGGCCUCUGCCACUCCGUCCCGACCUCCUGAUCCUUCACGACAGUCGGGUUUGCCACCCCAACGUGGACACUCUCAGUCUCGUGGCGUGAAGGAUCCAGCCUUGACUCAGCUCUCAGUACCGGUCCGAGAAAUCAUCCUGGCUUCUCGAAAGCCUUCCACCCAGUGCUCUUAUGCCCUUAAGUGGGCUAAAUUUUUGACUUUGCUGUCCUCAACGGGGCUCACCUCUUUGCAAGUCAAUGUCUCAGUUAUUUUGGACUUCCUCCACCACCUCGCAGCAUUUGGACUUUCCAUUUCAUCCCUAAAAUGCUACCUUGCGGCCAUCUGUGCCCGCUACCAAUUCUCCACCUGCCCAUCCUUCACUGACCCACUCGUGAAGAAAUUCUUCAAGGGUCUUGCCAACCUGAGACUGCCGGCAGUGAUCCCUAUCCCUGCUUGGGACCUCCAGCUCAUCUUGGCAGCACUCACUACCUCACCCUUUGAACCUCUGGCUUCCUGUGACCUCAGGCUCCACACCUGGAAGACAGCCUUCUUGGUAACCAUCACCUCAGCAUGACAGGAGAGUGAAAUUUGUGCCCUCCAUACGGACACACCAUACCUGAAUUUUUUUUAACGACAAGUCUCGUCGUUUCCCCAGACUUUUCGGUCUGCUACUCCAACCCCAAAAUGUGGCUUCCAGUGACUCCUCAAUGUUUCUCCAAAUGGGUGACUUCUGCAAUCCUUCUCUUUUAUGAGAUUUUUGAGAAGACUCCGCCUGCUCAAAUUUGAGCACACUCCACCAGGGUGGUAGCCUCAUCUUUAGCCUUCCUCUCCACAAUUCCCUUGGAGGCCAUUUGCAAGGCUGCAGUAUGUUCACAACCUCUGACCUUUAUCAAGCACUACAGACUUGAUACCAGACACCGACGUGAAGCAGCCUUUGGCAGAGCUGUUCUCCCUUCUGCAAUGCACUAAGACUUACACAAGCACUACCAACAACUCUGUGACUGGCUCACUGAAGAGACUUGAAGAUACCACAGCUCGUUUUACAAAUGCAAAUUUUCAGGAAGUCUCUGCACAUGCUUCAAGUAGCAAAGAUGUUUCAGAGGCCAGAGGUUCAGAGAGCAAAGGCAAGAAGUUGAUGGGUCAUAAUUCAGGUCAGAGGGGAAGAAAGCCUGGUGCUGGAAGGACUUCUGGAGCUACAGUGUCAGCAGCUUGUAAUUUUCCACAAGGCAGUUUUUUGGGAACUCCCAGCAGUACAAAGUCUUCUUCUGGAAGUUCAGUUCAGUCUCCCCAGGACUUUUUGAGUUUUACAGACUCAGAUCUUCAUAAUGACAGCUAUACUCAUUCCCAGCAGACAUUGUCAACCAAAGAUGUACAUAAAGGAGAGACUGGAGUUCAAGAAGAGGGUGUGACUUGUUUUACUUCCUUAAUUGGUCUCCCUUCAACCUCCACUGUUGCUUCCCAGCCUAAUAUUUUUGACAGCUCACCUGGAGAGUUGGGUAAUUCAAGCCUUACAUCAACAGGAUACAAACGUGUUCAAUCCUCUGGGACAGAAGAAGAGACUGUAAAGGAAAAGAAGCGGAAAGGAAAUAAGCAAUGUAAACAUGGGCCUGGUAGGCCCAAAGGAAAUAAAAGUCAAGAGAAUAUUUCCCACCUAUCUGUUUGUUCUGCUUCCCCAACAUCAUCUGUGGCAUCUGCUGCAGGAAGUGUAACAAGCUCUAAUUUGCAGAAAUCUCCAACACUACUUAGGAAUGGAAGUCUGCAGAGUCUCAGUGUUGGUUCCUCUCCUGUUGGUUCAGGCAUUUAUAACAGUAAUGAUGUAGCAGUAUCAUUUCCAAACAUAGUUUCUGGCUCAGGAUCUAGCACUCCUGUGUCCAGUUCACAUUUACCUCAGCAGUCUUCUGACCAUGUGCAGCAAGUGGGAACUUUGUCUCCGUCUUCUACACCUUCAGUUACGACACCUGUAGCUACAACUCAGGCAAACAUCCUACCAGGAUCUUCCCUCAACCUGCCUCAGUCUCAUUUGUAUGGCAACAGACUGAAUCCCACCUCAAUGGCAGCACAUACAGUUCAGCCUGAAAACAAUCAAACAGAUCAAGAUCUUGGAGACAAUAGCCGGAGCCUUGUUGGCAGGGGAGGUUCACCCAGAGGAAGUCUUUCACCACGGUCUCCGGUAAGUAGCUUACAGGUUCAUUGUGAUCAGUCAGAGAACAGUAGUGUGGAACAGCUGCCCCCAGUACCAGCUACUAUAGAGCAACUUCUGGAAAGGCAGUGGAAUGAAGGGCAACAGUUCUUGCUAGAACAAGGCACCCCUAGUGACAUUUUAGGCAUGUUGAAGUCAUUACAUCAGCUUCAAGUUGAAAAUCGUCGCUUAGAAGAACAGAUUAAAAGCCUGACUGCUAAAAAGGAGCGCCUCCAGCUACUAAACGCCCAGCUUUCUGUUCCUUUCCCAACUAUUUUAUCCAAUCCAAGUCCUUCUCAUCAAAUGCACACAUUUUCAGCUCAGGCUGCUGCUAGCACUGAUUCCUUGAACAACAGUAGAAGUCCUCAUCUGGGAAGCAGCUUUCUACCUGACAACUCUCUUCCUGUAUUAAAUCAGGAGAUAAACUCCAGUGGACAAAGCACCAGUAGUUCCUCUGCUCUUUCCACUCCACCACCUGCUGGGCAAAGUCCAGCUCAGCAAGGCACAGGAAUUGCAGGAGUUCAACAGGUCAAUGGAGUGACAGUGGGGGCACUUGCCAGUGGAAUGCAGACUGUAACAUCCACCAUUCCUGCAGUGGGUGGAAUAAUUGGAGCUCUGCCAACUAACCAGCUGGCAAUCAAUGGAAUUGUUGGGGCUUUAAAUGGUGUAAUUCAGACUCCUGCCACAAUAUCACAGAACCCUUCUCCUCUCGCUCACACAACUGUGCCACCAAAUGCAGGGCAUUCUCUGCCAACUACAUUGAGUAAUAGUGCCUCAGGACUUGGGUUUCUUCCUGACCAACAGAGACAACUUUUGCUCCAUCAGCACCAGCAGUUUCAGCAGUUACUAAAUACUCAACAGUUCACAUCGGAACAGCAUCAGGCUCUUCUGUAUCAACUAGUGCAGCAGCAACAGCAGCAGCAACAUCAUCACCAGUCUGAAGUACAACAGUUGCAGAUUUCAGGAGCCACACAAAUUCCCAUCAAUAACUUACUGGCAGGCUCUCAGGCAUCUCCACUUCAUACAGCUACAAAUAACCCAUUCCUUACUCUUCAUGGGGAUAAUGCAACUCAAAAAGUCACUAGACUGACUGAUAAAAGUGGACCAAUUGCACCAGAGAAGAAUUGACAUGGUGGAUGUAGCAAGGAGUAUCCUGGCAUGAUAGCACUUCAUCAGGCUGCAAAGUGCAGCCUCUCUUCUAGAAGUGUGGCUAGAUGCAACGAGGAGCGAACUGCACACUGGAAAAGUGAAUCUACCUUAAGACAUUUUAUAUAAGGCUUUGACCUUGUUGCUUUUUGUUGCACUGAAACUGAACUGUUUUUUUCAGAUUUCAUGGAAUUCUUAGUUUGCAUAUUAAGACUUGUCAUUUAGGACCGUUUAUUUGAAUUCUGCUGCUGAACUGGUAGCCUUUUAACAUUUUGCAUUGUUAAUGAAUUGCCUGUUGUAGUUCCAUUGUUUUUAGAAAGCAAACCAAAUUUGCAGUAUCUGCCAAUGACAGGUGGACAGUCCUGUUACCUGUUAAACAGCUGUUUUUAGAAAUACCAUUUUUUUUCCAGAAGAGGAGCAGGUUUUAAAAUUUUACUUAUUUUCUUAACUUUAGUGAAUGUUUUGCUAGAGCAGGAGUUCGCAAGGAGUGACAAAAUGGUGGUUAAUCUUGAUAUAUUUUUUUU